CCUCCAUGGUGAUGUGGAUUUUGAUUCUUAUCUGGGCGGCACUGUCUCUGACAGUUCGCACAAUCUAUCGGCUGUAUUUCCACCCUCUGGCAGGUAUUCCAGGGCCGAAAUUGACGGCUGCUACUCACCUGGUCGAAUUUUAUCACAAUGUAGUCCGACGAGGGAUGUUUAUUUGGGAAAUCGAAAAGAUGCACAAGCAAUAUGGCCCGAUUGUGCGCAUCAAUCCCCGCGAAAUACAUAUCAACGAUGCUCAUUAUUACGACGAGGUCUACGCAUCUGGGGCCCGGGUGCGGGAUAAGGAUCCGAUGGCCACCGCGAUGUAUUCUGCGCCAGGAGCCAUCGUGGCCACGGUUGGACAUGUCCAGCACCGGGCUCGGCGCCGCGUGAUGAAUCCGUUUUUUUCCAAGGCGGCAGUGACAAAUCUCGAGCCCAUGAUCCAGGAGAAAAUCACCCAACUAAUCAAGCGUCUGGAGAAGUCCUACCGCGAGCAGACAGUCGUCGAAUUACAUACAGUAUUCCAGGGUUUCACGGCAGACGUGGCCACACACCACUUCUAUGGCAGCAGUUAUGACUUCCUGGAGGACGAUGAGUUCAGUAGAGCGAUACAGGAAGGCAUCGAGGCAGUGACUGGCACGGCACCGAUCAACAAGCUCUUUCCCAUGCUCGGGACAGUCCUUGGGUUACUUCCCCCACGCAUUCUGACCACCUUACGACCAGCUACCGCAGGGAUCUUUCGUUUACAAGAGAUGUAUAUCCAGAAGUCACUGAAGGCCCUCGCGGAUAGUCGUCGCCCGGGCUUUGCCAGCUCCUACACCCGGACCAACCCAUUUGAAGCUUUGUUCGACCCCGCAAUCCACCCGGAGGAAAAGUCGCUUGACCGUCUGCUCGACCAACAGAUGGGGUUGCUCGGAGCCGGCUCCGAGUCCACGACAAAUACAUUGACGGUUGCCUUUUUCCAUCUGCUACAGAACAAAUUGAUCUUUUGGAAGUUGCGCCGAGAGCUCUGUGAGAUCAUGCCAAACCCACGCAGUCCGGUGCAGUGGUCUAAACUGGAAAAGCUUCCAUACUUGUCGGGCGUUGUAAAUGAGGCGCUUCGGCUCUCCUUUGCGGGAGCCAGUCGCUUCCCACGUGUGGCGCCGGAAGGGGCCUUGACGUACAGAUCGUACACGAUCCCCGCGGGGACCCCUGUCAGCAUCUCGAGCUACUUUGUGCACAUGGAUCCUCAGAUUUUCCCUGAGCCGGAGAGCUUCGAUCCCGAGCGGUGGGUUCGGGCCGCCGAGCGUGGGGAGAGACUGUCCAAAUUUAUUGCGUCGUUUACUAAGGGCACCAGAGUUUGCCUAGGCAUCAACUUGGCAUAUGCCGAAAUCUACACGGUCAUUGCAGCUGUGGUUCGUAACUUCGAGCUGGUGCUGCAUGAAACCACCGCGGAAGAUGUUCGUUUCGUUCGAGAUCUGUUAGCUCCUCGCCCCAGAGUGGGUGGAUGGAGGGUAAAAGCCAGAGUGAUUGGUGUUGAGAGCGAGUGAUCAACAUGAUCCAUUGUGGGCCGGUGGAUGAACUGGGCGGUGAUCAGAUCCCUGUUCUUUUUCUGUUUCUUUUUCUGUUUCUUUUUCUGUUUCUUUUUCUGUUUCUUUUUCUGUUUCUUUUUCUGUUUCUUUUUCUGUUUCUUUUCUUUGAUGUUUAAAGGUUUGGG